AUGGAAAAGUGGGAUGGAAGAGUUGCUGUUGUGGUUGAUUUUGCGGGAACAUCAUUGGGUUUAGCAAUUUGUAAAGAUUUAGUUAACCACGGAUUGAUUAAUCUUGCAAAAACGCUUGCAAAGGAAAAUGCCCGAGGGAAAUUGUAUCCAUUCCAAUGUGACGUGAGUGAUGAAGCGCAAGUUAAUCCAGUGUUUCGUUGGAUCAGUGAGAAAUACGAUGGCAUCGAUUUGCUUAUAAAUAUUUGCAAUAGUAUGACGAAAGGCUUGAUUUUGGAUGAUGAUAACACUGCAGCAUUGAGACAAGUUAUGAAUACAAACAUCGUUGGGCUUUGUUUGGUUGCACGAGAAGCAGCAAAGUGCAUGACGCAGCGUCUUCCAGAAAGGAAGAACAUUGGACAUAUUAUAAUCGUGUCAUCGACAGUUGGAGAAAAAAUUGACUUAUUCUGGCAUGACGGAUCGAAACCAAUCAAUGCCCUUUAUCCAGCUGGCAAGCAUGCAUCCAAAGCGAUAGUUGAAGCACUUCGCCAGGAACUUUUGUACAUGGAACAAGAAAAUGUCAAAAUUACAGCCAUUUCCCCAGGACUUGUAGAAUCAGACACAAUUCACGAUGAAAUUGGAAAAGAACAUACGGCUUUGUCAGCAAGCGAUGUAAGUUCAGCGAUUUUAUAUGCAAUAUCAGUGAAGGAACAUGUUCAGAUUCAUGAGCUUGUAAUAAAAGGUGUUGGAGAUUUCUUGUAGAAUGUCGUGGGCAUUAACUUGACGCCGUUUUUAUUAAUAGGUCAUCGUUUUCAAUAUCAUAUCAAGUCGAAAUUGUAAAGGAAAAUAAAAAUAGAUGAUUUAAGUUUAAAUACCAAAGAAUAAAGAAAGAAAAAAAAAGUUUGAAAUUUCACAAAA